CGGGGGGUGGGGGUGAAUGGGACGCGGGUGUCGACAUAGUAGCGGGUGUUGACAUGGUGUUGGUUCGGGGGCUCUGAUGCCGAGGCCCAAUGACGUGACGAAGGAUGCAAGCGCGCGGCCAUGGUUAGCUACUUAUUCAGGAAAUGAGGACAACUCGAGUUGCCACUGCGGCCGAGAAGAGCCCCCAUCGUGACCAAUUGUCAAUUCUAAGGACAGGGCCGAGCAUCCGUGCGAAAUUGAUGUGGUUAACUCUGCGCCGGCACGCUCCACGAGACUCAGGGUGGGCAAUGAGUGGCGACAUUUUCCGUUCGUGCUUCUCAGACAAGGGAUAAAAUAUUGCUUUCUGCGCGCAGAAUUGCACCAUCUGACAGGAAAUGUGUCUAGAUCUGCGUUGGCGAGUGUUUUGGCGCAACAUCAACGGGGUUCUCAAGUUUCUUGCAUCUCAUUCGGCUUUUUCAGACAUCUGGCGCAGGACGAGAUACAUUUUCGUCGCCGCCUACCUCAACGAGCCUCGAUGGAUGUCUACUCAGUACACUGUGACUUAGGAGACUUCUCGCGGGAAAGCACCGAGACUCCUGCAGAAAUUCUUUACAUGUAUUCGAACAGACUGGGAGAUGCUUUUCAGAAAUCUGUUGAAGUCUGCUCUGUUCACGUGUGAGAAGUUUAGAAUAGUCAUCUGAAGGACAGUCAACACACCCACCAAUCGGACGAUAUCUUUGCCAGAAGACGUCAAUCAUGAGGAUAUCGCCGUGCAAUCAGUCACUGGAUAUGGGCUGUUUCGAUCCGGACUUGGCCUACAGCUUGAAAACAAUUGCCAUCGCCGUGGUUUUCUUGACCGGUUCACUUGGUGUGGCGAUUCCUCUUGUGGGCAUGGGAUUCAAAUUUCUGAAAUUGGACGGCAAUUUCUUCAGUGUCACCAAGGCAUUUGCAGCUGGAGUCAUUCUCUCCACAGGGUUUGUACACAUUUUGCCGGACGCGCAAGAAGCGCUUUCCAAUCCCUGUUUGCCACAGUGGCCAUGGUCUCAGUUCCCCUUCGCUGGAUUCGUUGCUAUGUCUGCUGCUCUUCUGACUCUGCUCACUGAAACGCUCGGCACGGAGUACUACGAGAAUCAGCAUUCUCACAGCCAUGGACAUACUGAGGAUUAUGAGAAACUCCCGACUCGUAAGUCCAUCCUCGACUCGGACAGCACGCACGAACCAUUGCUUCAGAACAGCUCGACGAGCUUGGCAGUUGCUGAGCCUGUACACAAGACAAAUGGUAGCCAGCAUCAUGAGAAACAUACAGAACGAUCGCACACACACACGCCCAAUGGAGGGGCUGACGAGGAGGCUGGUCACAAUGGUAAUCACUUGGUCCUCGCAAACGGCAACCGAAACACGGUCGAGGAUCUUGAAGUACACAUACACAACAUAGUCAUUUCCCAGGUUCUAGAGGUUGCUGUCAUCGCACAUUCCUUCAUAAUCGGCCUUUCCCUGGGAGUAUCGGAGAAUCCAUGUGCCAUUAAACCGCUUCUGGCCGCUUUAUCAUUCCAUCAACUCUUCGAAGGCUUCGCUCUUGGAGGAUGCAUUUCGCAGGCUGGUUUUGGCGGAUGGUCUGCUUUCUUAAAGGCGGGUGCCUUUGCAGUAACAACACCCAUUGGAAUAGUGACGGGAAUGUUCGUGGCCUCCAGCUAUCGAGCCAACACGCCUAGAGCAUUGAUCGUGGAAGGGUUAUUCGAUGCCGCCUCUGCUGGUAUACUCAUUUACAUGGCUUUGGUGGACUUGAUCGCUACGGAUUUCCGCAGCGAGCGCAUGCGUUCCAAUAUCCAUUUGAAGUGCAUGGCGUUCUUGGCAUUGCUCGGAGGCACUCUGAGUAUGUCUGCCAUUGCCUUCUGGCUGUAGAAUGACUUUUUGUGGAGGAUUUUUGUGUACAUUUGCAUAUUACGGCUGGCGAGAUGAACGUUCACAUGGAGAGGUGUCGGUUGUUUUUGCUGGGUCUACUGGAAGGUAGACACACAAUGUUCGGAAAGGCUGCUUCCAAGCUCUCACGCGCUACUUCUCCAGAAGAACCCCAAAGAGACGAAGUACGCAUUGGUCCAGUGUGCUCAACCCAUGGAUCAAGCACAAUGUCUAGCAGAGUGAGAGCUUAUUUGGUCUGAAGCAUUGACUGGGAGGUCUCAAAUAUUCGAGAAAAUCUCCCCUGAAAUGGGAUAAACAGAAUCUCUGUAGAAUAUAGUUUCCACGAAUUGAGCAUUUGACUCGAGUGUACGAGCAAUAAGCCGUGGGAGGCUUGGAUGAAGUCUGAGUCUGACGGUCCUGAGAGUCCAGGAUGAUAGCAGGUGGGGUUGAUGUCUCUCUUACCUCCACAAGAUGAGAACGAUGUGUUGGAGAACUGCUGAGGAGUAGACAACCGGACUGGGCCGCAUUUCGGGACAGGACAUCUCCCGAUACAGCACCAGUCCAGUCUUCAAGGUGAAGACAGAGAAGGGUGUAUCAUGGAUCAUGAGAGAGAACGACUUCUAGCAGGUAUACGCCCUUCUUGAGAAGAACAUUGAUGUCUUUGGGUUGGCUUAUCACGACGUACAGGAAAUUAUGACAGCCGUUCUCUGGAUUAAAGGUUAGCUCCUGGUUUCUACAGGGUGAAAUGAAGAAAUUUUUUUAGGGGCCGUUUCGCUGUUAGCUUCCAACUUCGAAACUUCAUUCAAGCACUCAUCCCACACAGCUAGAAUUUCAGCUUUGUUUUCAUACAGCACCUUCAGAUGGCUCAUCUUUAUGCUGAUGGAAACCAGAAAUGUACACUUCUGCACAUCUGUGUAUACUAAACGAGUAGAAUGUGACGGCUUUAAGCCGAGGUGCAUC